CCCACCUCAGCAAUAUGGCGGAGUCCUGGGGAAGCGCACCCUCAUGACAGGUUACCACUUGUUGGGGUUUCAGAGACAUGGAAAAUGGAAUGGAUGUCCAAGCGCAGUUAUCCAACAUCAGCCCCUUAUGUCACCCACAGAUAGACAUGGAAGAUACAGGCACCCUAUAUACAGUGCCUACCAACAGCAACUCUGGAGGCUCUCAGCAACACCUGGAGUCGAACUGCACAAGCACAGAUUGCAGGGUACCACCGCGAGUAGAUAGCUGCCCAGACAUGGAUACCAGACCCCCCAUGACUCCUGAACUGCUCAUUAUGGAUCUUGAUACACAGACAGAGAGGGAGAGUGCAGAGGAAAUUUUCCAUAUGCAAGAUCUACUAUGCCAGUUACCCACAUUGGACUUCGAGACAGAACAAUUAGUUAUGUCAUCAUCAUCUAUUGAUAUUCCUGGUAAAGCACAAAUGGAGGAAAAUCAGACAUGUGAUGGGCAGCAUGAGUUCAAUCCAUGCCUGUUGCAUAUUGCUACUGGGAAAGGAAUGGCACAGACAGUCAGACGUGUAUCGGAAACAGGCACUGCGCCUUCAAAAAGCAGGGGACUAUUUUCGCCAGAUGUGGGCGCAGAUGAUCUUAUGAGCCUCUUGCAGUAUGAGGGAACAGCAAUGUCAGAUGGUGGCAAUGACACACCUCUGGCAAGGAUGGAAGCUGUGUGUAAUGAGGAAUCCAGCCCCUCUCUCCCUAAGGUUACUGAAGAGGGGGCUACAGAAUUAGGAGACGGAGAGGCUCCCUCUUCAUCAUCAGAAAUGAGCAGAGAGGAUUCAUCUUGCAGUUUGACAGAUGUGCCAGUGGCAGCAUGGGCAGGGCCAGAGAAUCUACAGCCUCAACUACAGGAGAGUGAUGAGGAGGUUUUAGAGAUGCCCUCAUCUACACCUGAUUUACCAAAAGUUCCUGGACCCUGUGAAUCUGAAGAUUUGUUGGAUGGGGUGAUUUUUGGCGCUAAAUACCUUGGAUCCACUCAGCUUCAGUGUGACAAGCACCCCUCUACUAACACACGCAUGAGACAAGCCCAGGAGGCUGUGGAUAGGGUGAAGGCACCUGAGGGAGAGACUCAGCCAAUGACAGAGGUGGAUGUUAUGGUGUCUACACGAAGAGUUAAAGUGCUGACUGCAGAUACUCAGGAGACUCUGAUGGAUCAUCCCUUACAGACAAUUUCAUAUACCGCUGACAUUGGCAAUAUUUUAGUUCUUAUGGCUCGCAGGAAGACCCCCCGCAGUCAGGACCAGCCACCCAGCCAGAAACGGUUACACAAGAUUCUAUGCCAUGUCUUUGAAUCUGUUGAUGCGCAGCUUAUUGCUCAAGCCAUUGGUCAAGCAUUUGGCCUGGCUUAUCAACAGUUUCUGAGCUCUGAAGGUUUAGAACAAACAGCCCCAAGUACCGUGCGUGUAGAGGAUCAACUGUACAAUGCAGACCUGGCUCACUUCAGCAACACAGACAACUGUAGGGAGGUGUAUAUCCAGAAACAACGGGGGGAGAUGCUUGGCGUUGCUGUUGUGGAGUCAGGUUGGGGUUCAUUGCUUCCAACUGUGGUUAUUGCCAACCUUAUGCACGGGGGUCCAGCAGAACGAAGUGGGGAGCUGAGUAUUGGAGAUCACAUAACUAGCGUGAAUGGAACCAGUCUGGUGGGCCUGCCGCUUUCUACCUGCCAGAACAUGAUUCGGGAUCUAAAGAGUCAUUCGGAAGUGAAUUUGAGCAUUGUGCGCUGUCCCCCGGUUAUCACUGCUAUCAUUCAAAGGCCUGAUGUCACCUACCAGCUGGGCUUCUGUGUGGAAGAUGGGGUGAUCUGCAGCUUGGUACGUGGGGGUAUUGCGGAGCGAGGGGGAAUCAGAGUGGGACACCGAAUUAUUGAGAUAAAUGGACAGAGUGUGGUUGCAACAGCUCAUGAGAAGAUCAUACAGACCUUGCUGGAUGCCACAGGGGAGGUGCAUAUAAAGACCAUGCCAGCCUCUACUUACAGACUGUUAACUGGACAGGAAACCCCUCUUUACCUCUGAGGAAAUCUCUUGCUCAUCUUCAAAAGAGACUAUACUGGUCCCACCUUGUGUGGGUUCUCAGGAAGAUGUGUGCAUGUGUCCUACUGUGUAUAUCUAUCCAUACACAAAACCCGCACAGAGUGCCUUUGUAUGUUUAAUAACUACUUUUUUUUUUUGUGCCUUUGUGGUGUUAACUUGGGGAGCAUAUGGGGGGCAGAGGGUGCUAGGGAUUAUACAAAGACUUCACCAGAUGAUGUAACAUGGUGUACGUGGCAAGGGAAAAGUGCAAUAAGAAAUUAUACAUUUUAUGGCAGUACUGUGUUUCAAUGUGCACUGGCCCAGCAGAGAUGAAAAGGAAAAGCUAUAUAUAUUUUAUCAGUAUUGUUGAAGAGGGUCUCAAUGUCAGAGAAUAGCACAGUUGUGGGUAGGUGAUGGGGUGACAUACAAUACUACAAUAUUGUAAGGAAAUACGUGAAGGUAUGAACUAAGUGACACAAGAAGUCUAAUCUGCAGUGUUUUUAACAAAUAUACACAAGUACAUUGCAAACACUCUUAAAACAAUUAGCUUAAUUUAUGCAUGUUUCAGUUUCUAUAAUCUGACAAAGCUGAAUGUUUACAAUCUAUUUUUUUUUUUUUUUCAAAUCAAAUGGCUAGCUGCUAGUUAUCCCAUAAUCAGAGUUGGAAAUCCUUUCAGCACACUUAAGCGUUUCUUUCACUUUGCCAAGAACACGCCACGUCUCAAUCCUAUGUUAGUAAAGACCAGUGAAAAAGUAAUAAAGCUACAUAAAAUGUUGAUAAUUAUAACAAAACUGUAUACAUGUUGCAAUUAAAGGGAUAUUGUUAACCAAGUGUCAUCAAAAUGAAAGAAAAACAGAUACUCUGAUUUGUUUCGAGAAUUUAAUUUUAACACUUGCUAUGCGCUGUGUGUUCAACCCCACAAAGAGAUUAAACACAUAGUUAAAGUAUUGCUGGUCCUGAACAGAAUCUACCAGUCACCCAAUCAGCAGCAGUAGCUGCACAGCUAGGUUGUGCACCUACCCCGGCUGAUUGGGUCAGCAGCAGUUUCUGCUUAGGUUCAGCAGUACUCUGGGGCUAACAUGCAGUACUUUAAUUAUGUACUUAAUGCCCUUGCUAAAAUCACAUGCUCUAACAAAUUAGAACGUCUAGUUUUUUUAUUUGUUUGUUAUGGCCAUCUGAAGCAUAAAAAGGGCAUUUUGAAUGCUUUUAUUUUUAUUAUUUUUUUUAAAAACACGUUCAUGUCCUGAGUAAGUUCUCUGUCCACCAGUAAAACAGGCAGUUGUCCAGUAGGAAGUACAACAGAAAUACUGCAGUAUUAGCUUCAAAUUAAAUGUCAAAUACUAUUACUUCAAUUCUUUCCAGGCAAAAACAUGACGUGAAAAACGCUGUUCUUUCAUAGGCAUGAUAGAAUGUAUUUUUUUAAUACAAUAUACCUUUAACUCUUUCACUGUAUUUCUGUGCUAAUCUAUUUGUAAAUAUCUAUUUACAUUUCAGUGUUUUUUCAUUUUACAGCAUAGGGUGAUGGAAGGACUCUGGAUGCUUAUAGCUGGGAGUUUACUGAUUUACUGUAUGGUAGUGGGGUGUAAUGUUUAAAAAGUUUAAUUAUAUUAUCACUGAAAUAUACUAUUCACUUUUUGGUUCAUUAUCUAUUAGUCAAGCCCUUAAAGUAACAGUAAAGUCAAAAUAAAACUAAUGAUUCAAAGAGAUCAGACAACUUUAA